AUGAAGUUCAAUCCAGAGGUCCUUCUUGGAGCUCCUCGCCGCUCAGGCGCCGUCCCCAAUUCUUCUGGCACCCUCGCCGUCUAUACUCAGACCUCCUACUCGUUUGAAUCCCAUUCGAAGACUAGCGAAAUCCGAGUGUUGGACAUUGCCACGGGCCGCUCUGCCCUAGUCACCAAUGAUCCCGGUGCGAGCUCCCCGCAGUGGCUGGACAAUUCCGAUCAGAUCGUCUGGUUGAAAUCAAAGGCCAAUGGCAACACGAGCUUCAUCAUCGGCGAUGCACGCGAAACAAACAAAACUUACACCGCAGGCACGGUCCCAGGACCCGUGUCCGAUCUAAAGGUCACGGUCGUCGAGCCUGGCAAGAUCGGCUUUGCGGUGACCGGCAAAGCAAAUCCCGACGGGUCGCUGUUCAAUCCCCAUGAUGCCAAGAAGCCUCUCAGCACAGGCAAGCUCUAUACUUCUCUGUUUGUCAGGCAUUGGGACUCGUACAUCGGGCCUCAGAGGAAUGCCAUUUGGUAUGGCUUGCUUCAACGCGCCCCGCUGUCCCCUGCCACCAGACAUGCCGGCAAGUAUUCCGUUUCGGGGCUGACCAACCUGAUCUCGGUGUCCGGCUUGGCUGGCGUUGAAUCGCCCAUCCCACCAUUUGGGGGAUCCAGUGACUUUGACAUUAGCUCCAGUGCGAUUGUCUUCGUGGCUAAGGACCCGAGUUUGAAUCCGGCCACUCAUACGUCGUGCUCGUGUUACUACUGCCCAAUGUUUUCCUGGACUAGCAUGGAAGCGUCCCAGUCUAAAAUAUGUGCCGUGAAAGGUCUGGAAGGCGCCAUGUCAUCUCCGGUCCUCUCGUCGGACGGUGGUUCGAUUGCUCUUUUAGCGAUGCGCAAGGAUGGCUACGAGUCGGACAAGAAUCGCAUACUAUACGUACCGAACCCGUGGAAUGGUGAGAUGAUCGAAGCGUUUGGGUCGUCGGGUGGUGGCGAAGGGCUUUGGAAGCUGAGCCCAUCCGCGCUGACUUUCGCGAACGACGACAAGUCGCUGUUCGUUCAAGUUGAGGAGGACGGACGCGGAGUGCUUUACCAGUUUCCCCUCGCCAAUAUCCGCAACUCAACUCCUGAUGUGCUCAAGAAGAUUACUUCCUCGGGCUACGUGACAGAGGUUUACCCGGCAUCGUCUCAAUCGUCUAGCCUUCUUGUUUCCAGCAACAGCCUCGUCGAUAAUAGCGUCUGGAGCAUUGUUGAUCCCGCUUCUCCCGAUAACACGCGCGUAAUAUCAUCUAUCGGUCGGGGUGGCGCAAGCUUCGGACUUUCUGCCGCUCAGGUUGACGAAAUUUGGUUUAAGGGAGCCGAAGACCACCCAGUCCAUGCCUGGGUAGUGAAGCCGUCUCACUUCAAACCGGGAAAUAAAUACCCACUCGCCUACCUGGUUCAUGGUGGACCGCAAGGGGCAUGGAAUGAUCAAUGGAGCACGCGCUGGAACCCCGCUGUCUUUGCCGAGCAGGGGUAUGUUGUCGUCACCCCCAACCCCACCGGAAGCACGGGAUACGGACAGGCAUUCACCGAUGCGAUCCGCGGAAAUUGGGGCGGACGACCCUACGUUGAUCUGGAGAAAGGCCUCGACUACAUUGAAAAGAACUUAGACUAUGUGGACACCGACCGAGCGGUGGCUCUUGGAGCGUCGUAUGGCGGGUACAUGAUGAAUUGGAUCCAAGGCCAUCCUUUGGGGCGUCGAUUUAAGGCCCUUGUAACCCACGAUGGAGUCUUCUCCGUGCGCUCACUGCUCAGUACCGAGGAGAUGUACUUCCCCGUGCACGAUCUCGAGGGCCCCAUCUGGAAAGUGCCCGAGAACUGGGACAGGUGGGAUCCAUCUCGACACACCGAUAAGUGGCAGACGCCGCACUUGAUCAUCCACAAUGAGCUGGAUUAUCGGCUGACCAUUGCCGAGGGACUGGCGGCCUUCAACAUUCUGCAAAUCCGCGGCGUGGCCAGUCAGUUCCUGACGUUCCCAGACGAGAACCAUUGGGUGCUGAACCCCGAGAAUUCUCUGCUGUGGCACAACACCGUUUUCAACUGGAUCAACAAGUAUGUCGGGCUUCCUCCGGCUAGCAGUCCGCCCACGGAGGAUACGUCGAACAAAAGAAAUUCGCUGGAAAAGGGGUUGAGUAGAAUGGCGCUUUCAUAA